AGAGACUUACUUCUUCGACAUCAAUCUGCUCAUGCGAAGAAUGCCGCAGAAGGGCAACCAAGCCUAAAUCGUCCCGUUGAGAGAGCGACCAAGGCAUGCAACUUCUGUGUUAUCUCCAAGGUGAAAUGCGACAAUUACCGGCCAUGUCAGAGAUGUCUCAAG